AUGGAGACACCCAACAUUACAGACACAGCGCAGCGCUUGCAGGGAGCUUCCCUUGAUCGCGGCGACAAGCCCGCCGGGCAGCAGCAGGAGCAGGAGCAGCUGCUGCUGCAGCAGUUGCAGCAACAACUGCUCUUGCCACAGGAGGAAGAUCUCGAGCAGCAACGCGGACAGCAAUUGCAGCAGCAGCUGCUGCAGGAGGGAUGCUUGCAGGAUGAUGAGGCGGCGGUACAGGGGACUGCGACGCCACAGUCGCCACAGCAGCAGCAGCAGCAGGAGGAGGAGGAAGGGCAGCAGCAGCAGGAACAGCAGCAUCAGGCUGCUAAUGAAGCCUCUGAUAAGCUGACACAACAUCUGGUACGUCUCCACGAGUUGCUGCUGUCUGGCCGCUGCGACACCAAGAUGCAGCAGCUAAUCGAUGCCGCUGCUGCUGCUGUUGCUGCUGUGAAUGCCUCGCAUGCGGAGGUCCCCAAAGCGGCUUUCUCUGGCUCCAACAGCAGCAGCAGCAACGGCAGCAGCAGCGGGGGAGACAAGCCGCAUGCGCCUUUUGGCUCGUCUCUCGAUGAGCGCUUUUUAGGGACAGGACUUCCUUCUUGCAGAGACAGGAGUUACCUGAGCAGUAGCCAACAGCAGCAGCAGCAGCAACAGCAACAGCAACACUGGCAGCGGGCUAUAGCUCGCCCCGACUGUGUGCGUACCCCAGAUACAUAUGGAGACGCCCUGGGGGGCCCCCCACGGGGGGCCCCUCCUUUAUCUGUGGGUGCGUUACCUGUCUCCAGUGUCCCCUCAGGCCUCUCUCAGGGGCUUUCCUUUGGCAGUCCCCCUGGGGGCCUCUCGGGGUCCCCCCCUAAGCCCCUUGCAUCUCCGCUUAGCCGCAGCGCACCUCUCCUCUUUAAUGGAGACAGUAUGGUUUGGGACUACUACAACAGCUGCACAACAGCAGACGAGCCAUGGGGACCACCUCCAGCAGGGGGUGGGAGGGGUUCCCUUACACAAGAGCUGGAGCAAGGUGCUUGCGGUCCUCUGUCUUCUGGUGCUGCUGGGGGCCCCUUUAGCUGCCUUGGAGGGGGGCGGGGCACCCAGGGGGCUUCUUUGGACAGGAGGGUAUCUCCUUUAUACCCCAGCAACAGCAGCAACAGCAGCAACAGCAGCAGCAACAACAGCAGCAGCAGCAGUGCAGCGGCAGGCGAGGCUGCUGCCUGUCUGUCACCUCGCUUUCGCCUCAGCCCUAUGGUACUGAAUGCUUACCAGCGUAGGGGCCCCCUGGGGGCGCCCUUGGGGGGCCCCUUGGGGUUGCAGGGCCCCCCUCGUGCCCAUUCUGACUUUAAUCUGCAUAGGUCAGAGACAGCUGCACGGGGACAGCGGAGUCCUCGGCACAGUUUGGGGGCCACAAAGGGGCCCCUUCCCUUUAGCAGAGGGGGCCCCCAAGUUGGCGUUGAAGGAUAUUUGGACGCCGCACAGCAGCAUUUGCAGCAGCACCUACAACAGCACAUCCAGCAGCAGCUACAUCCCCAGCAGCAGCAUUCGCAGCAGCAGCAGCAGCGCCGUAUGAAUGGUGUAUGCAGUGGUGUUGUAUCUCGUGGUGUAUCUCGUGGUAAGCAGGUGUUUUACUAUUGCCCUUCCUGCUUAGAGGCAUUUCCGUCCUCUGCAUUGUCUUUAUUUGCUGCUCAUGUAUCACAACGAGGUCAUGUAGUGCAACAGCUGCAGCGGCUGAGGGGCCCCGAUGGGUACUUUCAAUGUCCGAAGUGUACAUGCAAGGGAAGCGAUCUCUUAGGCUUACUAAGACAUUGGCAUGAAGGAGGCGCAGCACACCACGGACAAAAAAUACUUAAACAUAUCAGGACGAAAGAUGUACCACCAGGUUUCCAUGCUAUUGAACCUCUACAGCAGCAGCAGCAACAGCAGCAACAGCAGAGGCAGCAGCAUAUUCAAUCACAAGCACAGCAACAACAGCAACAGCAACAUAACUGUAAUACACAGUUCCAUGCGAGACAUGGUGUGCAGUCUGCCGCUGCUGCUGCUUCUCCAUUAGAGGCACAGCUUUCACUACUGGGGGCGCUGGCUUCCUCAUCACAGGACACACGCAGCAGGCAACCACUGCAGCAACAGCAGCAGCAACAGCAGCCCCUGCAGCAACAGCAACAGCAACCUCUACAUAUGCAUCAACAACAGCAGCCAAUACACCAGCGGCACCACCACCACCAGCACGCGCAGCGGCAGCACCAUACACAACAGCAACACCUACCACAGCAGCAGCAGCAGCAGCAGCAGCAGGUGGAGCAGGAGGUGCAGCACUUGGCAGGCCCUUCUUCGGGGCCUCAAGGCGCAAUGAUGGGGCGGCCUAGAGAGGAGUCAUCACAUCCCCUCCUCAGCCCCACCCGCCGUGUGGGGGAAGGGCCCCCCGGGGGGGGCCCGGGGGGCCCCAGGCUAGGGGCCCCCUGCAACUCCCCGCAGCAGAGGGGGAGUUUAGCCACAGAGUUCAGGAGCACAACAGGCAGCCAGAGGAGCAGCGCACUCAGCGAAGCUAGUGAGGAAGUGCCACAUCCGAACGAACAGCAACAGCAGCAGGAGCAGCAUGAACAGCAGCAGCAGCAACAGCGCGAUCAGCAACAUGGGGAGGGGUCCCGUCAAGGAGCAGAUAUGGUAGCUCUUGUGAAACCCCACGUUGGAACAAAUGCGACAGCUAUAGUUGGCGGCCCCCGCAGCAACAGCGUAGGCUGUGGGGGGCCCCUCAAAGGAGCAGCAAGUGCUUCUAGCUACGGCAGUAGCCGUGUUUGGGGUAUGGGGCUGCAGCAGCAAAGACCUGUCCCGUUGCACCUUCAGCAGCAUCAGCAGCAGCAACAGCAGCAGCAGCAUGAGCAGCAUCAGCAGACUGGGUUCACCUUUUCUGCUGUUGACUUCCCGUCUCUGAAACCUAAGCCGAGCUUGAGCUUGAAGCAACAGCAGCAGCAGCAACUGCUGCUGCUGCAGGAUGAGCAGCAGCACCCAACUCAAGGAGGAGCAGCAAAUGGCUGCUUUCCAACUAAGAAGGAGUUUGCAGGAACAGUUGACGCUGUAUUUGUGCGGGGAGUAAUUGGACCUGUAGCAGCGACGCUUGAUGCUGCAGCCGCUGCAGCAGCAGCAGUCAGCGGAGCUGAAACUACCCGCACUUUCCUCUUGGGGCAUCUUGUAGAAACAAGAGAGGCCGAGGCAGCGCAGACACGGGGUGUCCUCAUGGCUUUUAUUGAGGUUCACAGUGCAUCCGUGGCAGCAGAGGCAGUAGAAGCAGCAGCAGCAGCGGCGGCGGCGGCAGCAGCAGAAGCACGUUCUAGGAGCAGCAUCCCUGAAAGCUGCAGCAGCAGUAUUAUUAGGAGGGACGCCUUCAGGAAGAAGGAGCAUUCAGCGCUGCAGCAGCGGUAG